AUGGGCUUCAUGGCUGGAUUUUUCGGUGGCUUCACAUUGACAGCAUCGGUCCUCUACCUCAGUGUCCAAGUCCACCGUUCCACCCGCCUAGCGCAACGAGAUGCCAUACGCGAACAGGUCGAAAUCCUGAACGAUAUCUCCUCGCCUUUGGGCGCUUACUAUCGCAGAUUCGCCCAAGAAGACGACUCGCAAAAAUCAUCAAUUGCACCACAACCGAAGAAACCCUCCGCAGAGGAAUUACUCAAGCAACAAUGGAAUAAAGAAGUAGAGGCAUUGGCGAAGAAGACGGUCACUGUACGUUGGCAGGAUGUCACCAAUACAGCCACGGAGGUCGCUAGAGUGAUAUCAGACUUGAUGAAACGACAGUGA